CUCCAUGUGUUUUUGCCAGAAGUCCGGAGACUUUCCAGACUUCCCCCCUCUGUCCGGGCAGCGGGAGUCAGAGAGCCGCAGCGGGACUUUGAGGUGCAUCAUGUGGGCUGGGAUGACGGUGAGGACCGGGGGCUCGGUGCUCCGGCUGCGGGCUUCCAGGGACGGGCUGCGGGGCUGCGGGGCCGCGGGUCCGGGCAGGAGGCAGCAGCAGAGGCAGGCUUCUGGUUCAGAGGCUGCUCUGAAGAAGACUCCUCUGUUCGACUUCCACCGGCAGCAGGGAGGGAAGAUGGUGGAGUUUUCCGGCUGGAGUUUGCCGGUGCAGUACAAAGACAGCCACAUCUCCUCACACAUGCACACCAGAGAACACUGCUCCAUCUUCGACGUCAGCCACAUGCUGCAGACCAAAGUCCACGGCAGAGACCGGGUGAAGUUCAUGGAGUCUCUGGUGGUUGCAGAUAUCGCAGAGCUCAAGGACAACCAGGGUUCCUUGUCUCUCUUCACCAACGACCAAGGAGGGAUCAUGGACGACCUCAUCGUGACAAAGACUGACCAGGGCUACCUCUACGUCGUCUCCAACGCCGGCUGUGCCGACAAGGACUCUGCUCAUAUGAAGGCCAGACUGGCAGAGUUCAAAGCUGCAGGUUUUGACGUUGAUCUGGAGUUCCUGGAUGAAGCACUGAUCGCUCUGCAAGGUCCCAGCAUGUCUCAGGUUCUCCAGAAGGGGCUGAAGGAUGACCUCAGGAAGCUGACCUUCAUGACCUCCACGCUGGCCACGGUGUUUGGUGUUCCUAACUGCAGAGUGACUCGCUGUGGGUACACCGGAGAGGACGGGGUGGAGAUCUCGGUGCCUAAAGGCAGAGUGGUUGAACUGACGGAGAAGCUGCUGACCAACGGGGAGGUGAAGCUGGCCGGUCUGGGAGCCAGAGACAGUCUGAGGCUGGAGGCGGGGCUCUGUCUCUAUGGCAACGACAUCGACGAGACCACCACACCUGUAGAGGCCUCCCUGGUCUGGACCAUAGGAAAGCGCAGACGUCAGACCAAAGACUUCCCCGGCGCCAACAUCAUCGUACCUCAGAUCAAAGCCAAGGCAGACAGAAAGAGAGUCGGCCUGGUGUCCUCCGGUCCUCCGGUCCGUCAGCAUACCCCCAUCCUCAGCCCUGAUGGCACGGUCAUCGGUGAGGUGACCAGCGGCUGCCCGUCUCCCUGCCUGAAGAAGAACGUUGCCAUGGGUUACGUGGACGCAGCGUUCGCAAAGAACGGAACAAACAUCCAGGUGGAGGUCAGGAAGAAAGCCGUACCGGCCAUCGUCAGCAAGAUGCCCUUUGUUCAAACCAACUACUACUCUGGAUAAGAGAUGCACUCAGAUGGUUCCAUGUUUAUCAAUGCUGCCCCCUUCUGGUUACCUCCAGCAGUGCACAACAAUACAUAGUCAGCACAUCUCUCUGGUGAGAGAAAACAAUCCAAAACUAUAAACUUUAAAGCAAUAAAGUCUGAGUGCAGCACAUUAAGGCCAUAAAAUUUAGAGCGGAAUAAACCCGAUUAAAGAACAGGAGGUCAGAUAUUAUACAAAGACUUUGUAAAGUGUGUCAGUAUUGUGUUUAAGAAAAGCAUUACCAUGAUUCCAUUACUAUGGUUCCACCUGUGGAUGGAUGUGUAGAGAAUCCUCAGCAGCUUACAUGUUCCCAGCAGUAACCUGAGGAUGUUUGUAAGAUUCCACUUUAUAGAUGCAGUUAAUAGAUGCUCCAUUAAUGCGGUUCAUAGACCAAGUUUUUCUUUUUCUAGUUUAUAAGAAGCUUAAACUGAAACAACUCGCUGCACUUUUAGCCAAACCUGCUAAAGUGCGGCUGUAGUUCCAUUAAAUUCUGGCAUUUAAUUAACCUUAAGUCAUAGAAUAAACAUGAUCGAAUUUCCAUUUGUCACCACUGGACCAAAACAAGAUUCCAAUCUGCCUCUUUGAUGUGAAACCAUCACAUGCCUGCUUUUUUUGUUUAAGUCUUCUGGUUGUUUUUGAAUACUAUAGUAGUAACAGCUUGAUUAAAGCAGGUAUAAUUGUAUAAAUAUAUAAGAGGUAGUAGAACAGGCUCAGCUUGUUUUCCUCCAAACAAACCUGUCAGGUUAGUUUGUUAUUUUUGCUCUUGGAUUGGUCAAAAUCUUCAACAGUUUCUCAGAUAUUUCAUGACAUAAUAACACGUCUAACUUUAAAAGAGAAGUUUACACUACAUGUGGUAUAAUAAUAGUCUUACUUGAAAUCUUAAUGACACUUUAGCUGUAAUUACGUUGUUUAUGUAUUUAAUUUCUUUUUGAGAUUAGGACACUGUGAGUCUUCAGAAAUAACACUACUGAUUUAUGAGUUAAAGCUACACUGUGUGUGAACUUUAAUGUUGAGCUGAAUGUUGAUGUAAACAGGGUAAAUAAUAUUUUCUAUUUGAUUCAAAUAACAUCUUUUCUUUAAUAAAAGACAUUUCCUAUCUAA